CAGUUCAACCACCCUCUCCGGCUCUUCCGGGGCAUCUUCCGGAAGUUCUUACGGAGGGCACGGAAUCAGUACCAAGCGAGGAACCAUAGGUGAAACCGGUCAAGUAGCCGUUAAUUACCUAAAUGUGGACAUGACGAAAAUGCCGAAAAAAGCUUACCACUAUGAUGUCAAGAUCCUGCCAGAGCGCCCAAAGAAGUUCUUCAGAGCGGCAUUCGAGCAGUUCCGUGUGAAUCAAUUGGGCGGUGCCAUUGCCGCCUUUGAUGGUAGAGCAUCCUGCUAUUCGGUGGACAAGCUGAAGACGGACUCCAAGGACUCGGAAGUCUCUGUUACUGAUGGUCAAGGACGUGUUUUGACCUACAUGGUGGAAAUCAAGGAGACUGGGGACUUGGAAGUGGAUCUUAACUCGUUGAACAACUACAUGACGACGAGGAUCUUCGACAAGCCCAUGCGAGCGAUGCAAUGUCUGGAGGUGGUGAUGGCUGCCCCCUGCCACAAUAAGGCAGUUCGGGCAGGUCGGUCUUUCUUCAAGACCUCCAAACCUGGUGAGCGCCAGGAAUUGGAGGGUGGCUACGAGGCUCUGGUCGGUCUAUAUCAGGCCGUGGUAUUGGGAGAUCGUCCCUUUCUCAAUGUCGACAUUUCGCACAAAUCUUUUCCAAUCGCCAUGCCUGUGAUCGAAUAUCUAGAGCGGUUUGGUAUUAAGACGAAAAUAAACGCUAUUACCAGUCUGGAAACCUCCAGGCGUUCGAUUGAGUCGUUCCUCAAAGGUCUCGAUGUGAUUUACACAGCACCCAAAUCUUUUGCCACCGCUCCAAGGAUAUACAAAGUAAAUGGACUUUCUCGAAGCCCGGCCACCACCCAGACCUUCGAGUACGAGGGCAAAACCACCACCGUGGUCGAGUAUUUCCAGAGUCGCAACUUCAAGUUGCUGUAUCCCCAACUUCAUUGCCUGCACGUUGGAUCCCUAACCAAGCAAAUAUUUUUGCCCAUCGAGCUUUGCCAAAUCGACGGUGGUCAGGCAUUAACUCGCAAAGAUGGAGCUACUCAGGUGGCCAACAUGAUCAAGUUUGCGGCUACAUCGACGAACGCGCGAAAGGCCAAGAUCACGAACCUCCUAGAGUUCUUCCGGCACAACAACGACCCGACCAUCAGCCGAUUUGGUAUCAAGAUCACUGCCGACUUCAUGGUGGUGGGCACCCGCACCCUCCGAGCACCAGAGGUGGAGUACCAGGGCAAAAGAACGUGCCGUCCAAGAAACGGAUCGUGGCGCAUGGACAACAUGAUGUUCCUGGAGCCGAAGCCCAAGGCCCACAAGUGGGCGAUCGUGUACCAUGAUCCAGUGCAGGGUCGCAAGAUGCCCUACAACCAGGUGAGCGACUUCGAAAAACAGGUGUUAGCCCAAAGCAAGUCGGUGAACAUAAAAUUGGAGGCCAAGGCGGAGAUAAGAACCUUCAAGGAUGACUGCUCCCUGGACAAGUGUUUCGGGGAUCUGAAGAGCAAGGAAUACGAUCUGGCCUUUGUGAUCAUCCCCAAUUCCGGAGCUUCCUACGACGUCAUCAAGCAGAAGGCCGAGCUGCAGCACGGCAUUUUGACGCAGUGCAUCAAGCAGUUUACCGUCGAGCGAAAGCUCAAUCCGCAGACCAUCGGUAAUGUUCUACUCAAGGUGAACUCCAAGUUGAAUGGCAUCAAUCACAGACUCAAAGAUGAACCACGGAUCAAGAACGCCAUGUUCCUGGGCGCCGACGUGACCCAUCCGUCUCCAGAUCAACGCGAGAUUCCCAGUGUGGUGGGCGUGGCAGCCUCACACGAUCCCUACGGAGCCGCCUACAACAUGCAAUAUCGGUUGCAGCGACCGGCUCUGGAGGAAAUCGAGGACAUGGAGUCCAUCACAAUGGAGCACCUGCGUGUUUAUCGCCAGCAUAGAAAGACCUACCCGGAUCACAUUCUCUACUUUCGUGACGGUGUGAGCGAUGGCCAGUUUCCCAAGAUCAAGAGCGAGGAGCUUAGAGGCAUUAAUGCAGCCUGUGCCAAGAUGGGUAUCAAGCCCAAGAUUUGCUGCGUGAUCGUGGUGAAGCGUCAUCACACUCGCUUCUUCCCCAGCGGGGAACCAUCGCAGUACAACAAGUUUAACAACGUGGACCCCGGAACCGUGGUCGAUCGCACCAUCGUGCAUCCCAACGAGAUGCAGUUCUUCAUGGUCAGCCACCAGUCCAUCCAGGGCACGGCCAAGCCGACGCGCUACAAUGUGAUUGAGAACACUGGCAACUUGGACAUCGAUGUGUUGCAGCAGUUGACCUACAAUCUGUGCCACAUGUUCCCCCGUUGCAAUCGCUCGGUUUCGUAUCCAGCUCCAGCCUACUUGGCCCAUUUGGUGGCGGCACGCGGUCGCGUUUACCUCACUGGGUAA